AUGGCGAGCGAGUCGAGCACAGGGUUUCACCAGCACCAUCGGCGAGGAAUGUCGGCCGGAGAGGUGGUUAGCGGCGGCUGCGAAUUGAUUCCGAUGGGAAGUUAUAUGUUCCCUAGAGGAGCAAUGGGUUUGGGGGGAAACAAUGAAGGGAUUGUUUUCCCGUCUCAGAAUUCUUCUUGUGCGACGACGUUUUUGGUGGAUUCCGUUCCUGGGUUGAAGCACGAUACGGGUUUGGCCACCGAGUGGUCCAUCGAUGAACAGUACACACUCGAGGAGGGGCUUGCAAGAUGUGCCCGUGAACCCAAUAUUUUGAGGUAUAUUAAAAUCGCAGCCACACUUCGGAACAAAACUGUACGAGAUGUUGCUCUUCGAUGUAGAUGGAUGACAAGAAAGCGAAGGAAACUCGAGGAUAUGAGAUUUGGGAUAAAAGAGAAGGACCUGAAGGAAAAAAUUGAGUUAUCUUUGAAGAAUGCCAUGUCUUCAGCAUCAUCGGUAAAGGUGGCUCCGUAUUCUUUGACUGCUAACCAUCAUGAUCCGAGUAAGUACAUUCUCUCAGGAGUGCUCAGUGGGAAAACAAGGCAUCUUUUGGAGGAAAAUUACCAGGCUUUUGUUCAAAUUUCUACCAAUCUUACGACUCUUAAGUUGCAGCAAAACAUGGACCUCUUUACCCGUACAAGGAACAACUUAACGACAAUUUUAAACGACAUGAGAAACAUGCCUGGGGUAAUGAGCCAAAUGCCUCCUCUUCCUGUUCUUUUGGAUGUGCAACUUGCAAAUAGUAUUCUUCCACUCUCGUCCAAGCCAAUGAGUUUGAGUUCAUCAGGUAUGAGAGUGUUGAAGCAAGAGCCAGACUGUUGA